UUAACAUCCACGGGCCACAAUCACCUUCGACUAGAAAUGGUGGACGAGAAUGACAUCGAGUAUUAUAUCGAAUAUACAUACUUCGCUAUUGACGGAGAGACGGACAAAUACCGGAUGCAUAUAAGUAACGCUGGAGCUGUUGGCAAUGCAACGGACACCUUUUCGGGUAACUGCGCCAUCUAUUGCCAUGACAACAUGAAGUUUACCACAUACGACAUGGAUAACGACGAGAAACCUAGUGCGUCGUGUGCAGUGAGAUACAGAAGUGCUUGGUGGUAUCAAAAUUGCUUCUAUCUCAACCUCAACGGCGACUACACGGAGAGAACCCUGAUGUGGUGGAAAUCAGGACAGAAAAUCCUUAGUAAGGCUCAAAUGCUGCUACGGAAGUAACUCGUGUGAAGACACUUUGAGCGGUCAAACAAAAUCUUUAGUAAGGUGAAAAUACUACAUCAAGAGUAACUCGUGAAAGGGCGAAGAUAACGAACAAAGAUGACAUUACAGGCAUUAGGUCAGUGAAUGAUUGCUACACGUAUUCGCAUGGAAAGACGUUGAAAUUUGUACAAUAAAAUGUGUCAUUGCAACUAAUGGAGAUGAACGGUUUUGUUAGUUACAUAUUUCAUUUCAGCCCAAAAGGAUUAUUUAUGCAUAAGGUGAAUUAAAGAUUAUGCUUUAAAACA